ACAGACUGUCAGUCAGGGACAGGGUGGGGAGAGCCUGAAACAAGGGCUUUAUAAACAAACAUUCAGGUGUCAACAUGAAGACCCUAGAUACCUGUACCCUGGAAUACAGCAUACAGCCAGCACUGGGUACAGGGUACAGGCAGAAACAAGAUGAAGGGUACAGGCAGAAACAAGAUGAAGGGUACAGGCAGAAACAAGAUGAAGGGUACAAGCAGAAACAAGAUAAAGGGUACAGGCAGAAACAAGAUGAAGGGUACAGUCAGAAACAAGAUGAAGGGUACAAGCAGAAACGGGAUGAAGGGUACAGGCAGAGACAAGAUGAAGGGUACAGGCAGAAACAAGAUGAAGGGUACAGGCAGAUACAAGAUGAAGGGUACAGGCAGAAACAAGAUGAAGGUUACAGGCAGAUACAAGAUGAAGGGUACAGGCAGAGACAAGAUGAAGGGUACAGGCAGAAACAAGAUGAAGGGUACAGGCAGAUACAAGAUGAAGGGUACAGGCAGAAACAAGAUAAAGGCUACAGGCAGAAACAAGAUAAAGGGUACAGGCAGAGACAAGAUGAAGGGUACAGACAGAAACAAGAUGAAAGUUACAGGCAGAAACAAGAUUAAGGGUACAGGCAGAAACAGUCUGGUAACAUUGUCCAUCUGAUGGAUGGUGGAUUGCCCAGUGUACUGGUUUAACUGGUUCCAGGUUUAAAGAGGGGGGCAAAUGACAGGUGGACAGGUGUGGU